AUGGAUUCUCACCCUGACAAGGCAUUUAUCCUUCAGUACUUCAAGCAGUUCAUCUGGCGUCUUCAACUUGAUGCGUUUCUCAGUGUCCACGACCAAACUGCUUAUAUUGGUUGUCACUGUACAGUACAAAAAGUGGAAGAUUCUUGCAAGACUGGUGCUGCGACAAAUGUAAUAUUUGGAUUGGCUCUUCGAUAUAAAUCUGUUAUCAUUCCCAUAUUUUCCAUUGUUGUUUCUAUAUACGUGAGCUUCAGCUUAGCUGCUAUGUAUGGCAUUGCAGUCGCUACUCUGGGAAUGCUUAGCAUUAUAGCCACUGGGAUCGCAAUAGAUGCUUAUGGCCCUAUCAACGACAAUGUUGGUGGUAUUACAGAGAUGGCUGGAAUGAGCCAUAGCAUUCGUGAAAGGACUGAUGCUCUUGAUGCUGCUAGGAACACAACAUCUGCAAUUGGCAAAGUUAGAUAA